AUGCAGAUCUCUUGGGCUGUGUGCUCUGUCUGUGUCUUGAUACAAAUUGCAUUUCGAUCUGUGGAAGGGUGGCAAAUAUUUAAAAAUGAUGCUACAGAAAUAAUUCCUGAGAUCACUGAGAACACAGAAACACCAAUGGAGCCAAUGUUCAGCAACAACACCAUGAACCAAGCAAAGCAUGGAGGAAGACACAUACAACAAACUCCAGAUCCAAACGAUGCUUCCGAGUUCAGCUGCAGGGAACUGCGAACCACGCGUUACCUCACCGAGGGGCUUUGCCGCAGCAUCAAACCCGUCAAGGAGCUGCUCUGCUCGGGGCAGUGCCUCCCCUCACACCUCCUUCCCAAUUCUAUUGGUAGAGGGAAGUGGUGGCGUCAGAACUCCCUGGAUUAUCGCUGCAUCCCUGCUCACAGCCGCACGCAGCGGGUCCAGAUGUCCUGUCCUGGAGAAGAGACUCGGACUUACAAAUUCCGAGCUGUCACCUCCUGCAAAUGCAAACGCUACACCCGGUACCACAACCAGUCUGAGCUGAAGGACUUUGGGAAGGAAGCUGUCAGGCCUCAGAAAACCAAGAAACCUCGUCUGUCCAGAGCCAGGAACAGCAAAUCUAAUCAGCACGAGUUAGAAAAUGCUUAUUAG